GAAUCAAAUGAAAAUCGAGAAACUAAAGUUGAAUGCUUUUUCUUUAAAAUUUUCAUUUUAUCAAUUCGCUUUUUUAUUUUAAAGUUAAUUUCAUGUGAAUUACUAUUCCUUCAACUUGGUUUGUCUUUUGCAAUCAUUACAAUAUUUGAUUAUAAUAUACUUUUAAGGUGAUAAUCAAGUUUAUUGUAGAUUAAUCAUUAAUCACUAGUAUAAGAGCCUAGUUACUACUCCUAACUCUCCAUCAACUUUUCUCCAAAUAUAGCACUUCUUAAAGUUUGCUUUGAGAAACUACCUCUCUUCUUUUGUUUUCAGUUUGCUUAGAGGUGUGUUAAUUGGCCAGCCUUUCUGCGACAAAAAAGAAUCUUGAAAAUCUUCAAGUACCAAGAAAGUCCCAUCGAUUUCUUCAACUUAGCUCCUAAGUUCCAAUGGUUAGAUUCGAUAAUGAGACAUCCUCCUCUUCCUCCUCCUCCUCCUCCUCCUCAUCAGCAUCAUCAUCGUUGGAAUCAUCUUCUUCAGUUUCUCGAGGGAAAUAUGAUGUUUUCUUGAGUUUCAGAGGUGAGGAUACCCGCAGGAAUUUCACGGAUCAUCUUUAUGCUGCAUUCAAAAGGAGAGGAAUCAUCACUUUUUGGGAUGACGAAAAGCUCGAGACAGGUGAACCCAUAGCACCUGAGCUCUUCAAAGCAAUUCAUGAGUCAUGGUGCUCUGUAAUCGUUUUGUCCGAAGGGUAUUGUUUUUCGAGUUGGUGCCUAGAAGAGCUUUCCGAGAUUAUUCAACAGAAAAACGACAAGGGACAUAAAGUCUUCCCCAUUUUCUAUUAUGUGGAUCCAUCUGAUUUGAGAAAACAAACCGGAAAAGUUCAAGAAGCUUUUCUUAAGCAUGAAAAUAAUUUCCAGGACAACAAAGAGAAGACACAAAGGUGGCGAUCUGCUUUAACUCAAGCAGCUAACAUCAAAGGAUGGCACUUGAGUAACAGGCCUGAAUCAGAACUUAUUGGAGAAAUCAUUAAAAAGGUAUCAACAAAAUUAUGUCAAACAUUUGCAAGUGCUCCUAAUGACAUGAUUGGAAUUGAAUCACGUUUGGAAGAGUUAAAUUGCAAAAUAGGCAUAGGGGAGGAAGAUGAUAGUGUUCAGAUUAUAGGGAUUUGUGGUAUGGGCGGGUUAGGUAAAACAACUCUUGCAAGAUUUGUUUAUACCCAAAUUUCAAGUCAUUUUGAAGGCCAAAGCUUUCUGGCCGAUGUUCGUGAAGUUGCAGAGAAACAUGGACUUGUUUGUUUGCAGAAACAACUUCUUUCCCAAAUUUUUCCAGAGGAAAGUUUCAACUUUUUUAAUGUUCAUGAUGGGAAUGACAUCAUACCUCAUAUGUUAUCUCAUAAAAAGAUUUUUGUUGUUAUUGAUGAUGUGGAUAACAUACAACACUUAAAAUGUUUGAUAGGCAAGCGAGCUUGGUUUGGUUUAGGAAGCAGGAUCAUCAUAACAACAAGAGACGAGCAUCUGCUGCAAAUCUACGGAGUGGAUGAUGUGUAUAAUCCGACGAAACUGAAUGCCAAGGAAGCACUUCGCCUUUUCAGUUUGAAAGCUUUCAAAAGUGAAACACCUGCAAUGGAAUUUUUUGAGCUUUCUAAACGUGUAGUGGAAUAUGCCAAUGGCCUUCCGUUAGCUCUGGAAGUUUUUGGUUCUUUUUUGUCCGGUAGAUCAGAUGAAGCUCAAUGGAGAAGUGCUAUUGAAAAACUUAAAAAGGAGUCCAACAAAGAAAUUCUAGACAGGCUUCAAAUAAGCUUUGAUGGGUUAGAACCGUCUGAGAAAGAUAUAUUUUUAGAUAUUGCAUGCUUCUUCAAAGGAGAAGACAAAGAUAUGGUAACCAAAAUUCUUGAUGGUUGUGGCUUUUUCCCGGAUAUUGGAAUAGAUGUUCUCAUCAAGAAAUCUCUUAUAACAAUUGAUGAAGACAACAAAUUAUCGAUGCAUGACUUAUUACAAGAGAUGGGAAGGAAAAUUGUUUAUCAAGAAUCUCGUAAUGAACCAGGAGAACGUAGUAGACUGUGGGAAGAAAAUGAUACCUAUAAUGUGCUAAUAGAAAACACAGCUACGGAAGCUGUUCAAGGUAUAGUCUUGGAUUACACCGGGGAACAAAAUAAGACCUGGACUUUGAGUGCUGAUGCCUUCUUGAAGAUGAAAAGGUUAAGAUUGCUCAGAUUCUUCAAUGCCCCAAAUUCUCGUGAUGUUAAAUAUCUUAGCAACGAGUUAAGACUUUUGGAGUGGCAUGGGUAUCCUUUCAAAUCCUUCCCUUCAAGCUUCCAACCAGAAAAGCUUGUUGCACUUCUUCUGCCUUAUAGCUGCAUUCAAAAAUUAUGGAAGCCAGACAUGCCUUUGCAUAAGUUAAAAUUGGUCGACCUCAAAUGCUCUAGAAAUCUUGUGAAAACACCAGAUUUCAGAAUGGUCCCAAACCUUGAAAGUUUGGUUUUGGAAGAUACUGGAAUAGCAGAUUUUCAUCCAAGCAUCAGGUUUCUAAGGAGGCUUAAGCUUUUGAAUUUAAGAAACUGCAAAAGCCUUAGGAGUUUCCCAUCCAAAAUUGGAAAGGAAUCUCUAGAAACAUUAAUUCUUUCAGGUUGUUCAAAUAUAAAAUGGAUUCCAGAGGUUGUGGGAGAAAUGGAGUGUUUGAAAAAGCUUCAUUUAGAUGGGACUGGUAUUAACGAACUUCCCUCUUCAAUUGGACAUCUCAGGAGUCUUGUGUUGUUAAAUCUGAAAGAUUGUUGUAAGCUUGAGAAUCUCCCAAGCAGCAUAGGUGGUUGUGAAUUGCUCACAAGUCUUGUUCUCUCUGGUUGUUCCAAGCUAGAAAAUUUGCCAGAGAAUUUGCAGCAAAUAAAAUCUUUGGAGAAACUUGACUUGAGUGGAACUGCCAUAACAACAACACCGACCUUCAUUUUUCAUAUGAAAAAUCUAAAGUUUUUGUCUUUUCGAGGAUGCAAGGGACCACCAUCUAGAGUACGAGCAUAUUGGCCUUUUAUUUCGAGCGCAACAAAAAGUCCUAGUUGGAAUUGUACGACUUUGAGGCUACCCGCUAUUUUGUCAGGUUUGAGCACUUUAAAACAGCUGAAUUUAAGUGAUUGCAACCUUGAUGAGGGGGCUAUUCCUAAUGAUAUUUGCAGCUUGUCCUCGUUGGAAAUUCUAGUUCUUAGUGAUAACAAUUUCAUCACGCUACCUGCAACUCUUAGUCGACUUUCCAAGCUUAGUAGUCUACAGCUGACUGAUUGCAAAAGGCUUAAGUCAUUGCCUGAGCUUCCACUAGGCAUAAAAUUAUGGGUAGAUGGCUGUGGUUCUUUGGAAGUAGUUGCACAGUCAACAACAGCUUGCCUUUCAAGGCUUAGUGGAUAUAUUUGUGCUUUUAACUGCUUCAAAUUGGCAGAGGGUAACAAUGCAGUAACAAUGCUGAAGACACGUCUGAAGACAGUUGCUAAUGCAAGGGAAAAAUAUAACAUUUUCAUACCAGGAAGUGAAAUCCCAAUAUGGUUUAGCAGUCAAACGGAUGACUCUUCAAAAUCUAUAAUAAAGAUGCAAUUGCCUCCCAAUUUUCUGAAUGAUACAAAGUUCUUAGGAUUUGCUUUCUGCUGUCUUUUCUUCUCUGACUUCAAUAAUAAACCUUGGAGGGGGGAGCAUAUUUCCUACAGAGUUGUUAUCCAUGGUAGAAAUUACUCCCGAAAAGUUUUUAGUAAUUUCUGGCAUUUAGAGGGGAACUCUACAAGGACGACCGAGGAUCACCUUUGGAUACAUUAUUUUCCUUGUGCCAUAAUAAAUUUGUCUUCCUUGAGGAAAUUAGCUACUCCACUUCAAAUGGAGGUUGUAGUAAACAUCUUUGGCAUCAAUUCCGUGGUGAAGAAAUGUGGAGCUCGAAUAGUGCAUGAGAAAGAUUUGGAAGAGAUGGAUCAUACCAUAAAUGAGCAUAGUGAGCCAACUUCUUCAAAAUUUGAUGAUAUCCAUUCAAACGAUGGAUCAAACGAGAAUAAUAUCGGCGCCCCCGUCAAAAGAAAAUGGUUGAAUGCGAAAGCAGGUGAUCAGCAGGGGAAAAUUACUCUAUUUUGUGAAUCUUGUCAAUCAGAUAUUGUAAACCAUCGACUACUCUCCUAGCUCUAUAUAUUAUUAUCCAUUUCCUUUCAUAUAGAUUUAUCUUUUCCGUACAAGUUGUGUUUCAAAUUUUUUAUAGGCGGAAAAUACCAUUGGUUAAAAUCAUUUAAUUAGCAUUUUUUUUAUUAUUUUUUAAUAAUGAAAUGGAUUACAAGUUAUAAUAGAAA